GGCUACAGGGGCACGCAGUUUAGCGCAAUAUACGUUACUCUUUAACGAGAUACGAUACAUCAAGUGCUAGUUAACACUCUUGCGAUAAAAUAUGCUUAUGUUUUUACUACGUCGCGGAAGGAUCUAAUUUUCUCAAGCGAAGGUCUACACAUCCGCCCAGUUUUCCGAUGUUUCAUUCCCCCCGAGUUGAAAAUGGAGUUCGAUUAAAGCAGAUGUCCACCAACUUCGCAAGGAAAUUUCAAUUCUAGAUGCUUUUACUUUACGCGUCAGCACUUAUAUUGAAAACAGUUGAACCCGGUUUCGGCUUUGGAUGCCUUUACUGCAAAUAACUCAGACACGUUGACGGAGCGACGCUCCACAGCGCUUUUUCAAGUGUUGUCCUGGACCUGAAGUUGGCGAAUGGAUGCUCGACAGCCAGCCAUAAAUAACCUGCCAAACAUUAUUGUCUGCAACAAUUUCUACAUUUUCUGAGGAUCUAUUCACGUUUUGCAAACCGGGGAUCUGUGUUUGUUGAAGAGGAUGGUGCCGAUGGCCCAUUUGUUGUGGUCGGAUUUUACUUCCAGGGAGGAUAAAAUGAAUCAACGAUUGUCAAUCCUCCUCGCGAUUUAACGUUAGUUCCAGCCAGCAAAGCUAACGUUAAGCUAGCUUCAUUUGGUUCUCACAGGGACGCUUAGUCUGGCAUGCCCCGUCGUGCAUCGUUUAUUUACCAUCCAAAAUAGGGGUGAUUUCUAUAUGUGAAGGAAAAUGGUGAUAUUUGUGGCAUUUUAUCCCGCCGUGACUGCGUCGUCGAUGCUAUUGCUAGGAUUUGGAUCCCCGUGAGGAAAAAAAUGAGUGAAGAUUCAACAAAUCCAAACAACGAUGACAGUUAUGCACGUGUGAGAGCAGUGGUCAUGACUCGGGAUGACUCCAGCGGUGGGUGGCUUCCCCUGGGGGGCGGAGGCCUUAGUUGUGUCACCGUCUAUAAGGUCAGCCGGGCGGAGGACAGCAGCAGCACCCACAGUGGAGGCAGCGGAGGAAGCAGCAGCAACCUCAGCCCCUGUAGCCCCAGUCCCAGCCCUAGCCCUAGUCCCAGCCCCACCGCUGUGGAAUUCCACAUCAAGGGCGAGAGGCUCAAGGACAAAUUGGUGGUGCUGGAGUGUGUCCUGCAGAAAGACCUAAUAUACAACAAGGUCAACCCCAUCUUCCACCACUGGAGGAUCAACGACAAAAAGUUUGGACUGACUUUCCAGAGCCCCGCCGACGCCCGUGCCUUUGACCGGGGCAUACGUCGGGCCAUCGAGGACAUCAACCAAGGUUGUCGGUCGAUUGGGGAAGGGGAUAUUCCCGAGGAUGGACCUCCGGUGUGUGAUGAGCUUCCCUCUAUCUGUACGCCAAUGAAAGAGCCCUUCUCCCCGCUGAACAACGUCGUGUCCACCGAGCCAUUCAGGGGCUGCUACGUCCGCGCCCAACCCUUCGACGAGUUCCCCUCCAGCAACCGCCGCUACCUGCCUCCACAGGUCUCCUUUAAGUCAACUCGUCAUGUCAGUUUUCACAUGGACGAGGAGGAGAUUGUUCGCAUCAACCCACGCAAAGACGUGCUCAUCCGCGGCUAUGAGGACUACCGCCACCCUGUCAUGUGGAAACAGGAGGCCGACCGCGAUGACCUGGACUUCCCCACUGCCUUUCACAAACUGGACAGUAAGAAGUGCGAGUACCUUUUCCCUGAUGGCCCCGGUGGGGACUCCCUCUCUGGCCCUGGUAUGGGCAUUGGAACAGGUAUGGGGCUGGGCAAGGACACAGCAAUCAAGACUCAGCCCUCGCCCUUGCUCAAGUCGAAGAAGGGCCGACGGCGGCGAGAGGAUGGCGAGCGCUCUCGCUGCAUCUACUGUCGGGAGAUGUUCAACCACGAAGACAACUGGCGGGGGCAGUGCCAAGACGCCCCCGACCCGAUCAAGCAGUGCAUCUAUAAAGUCAGCUGCAUGCUGUGCGCUGAGAGCAUGCUGUACCACUGCAUGUCCGACUCUGAGGGUGACUUCUCAGACCCCUGCUCAUGUGACACAUCUGACGAGCAGUUCUGCCUGCGUUGGCUGGCCCUGGUGGCGCUCUCCUUCAUAGCGCCCUGCAUGUGCUGCUACCUGCCUCUGCGCGCCUGCCACCACUGUGGCGAGGCCUGCCGCUGCUGUGGGGGCAAGCAUAAAGCUGCAGGGUGACCCGACAGACUCUGGGACACCCUCAAAGCUAGCUAACACAGGAAGUGGAUAAAAGCGGAAAAUUAAAAGCCGGCAUCCUUUUUUCAUUCCCUCUCAGACGGGGUGAUAUGUUGUUGAUCCCCAGCUCUGAGGGCUUUUGGAGAUUUCAGUUUGUGUUUGUCGCCGACAAGCAGCAGUGGAGGACAAACCAUGUGCUUUGUGGGGGCUCUGAGCAUCAAGCUAAGUUCAGGAGCUUAAUCUGAGGAGAAGAGGAGGAGGAUGGAUCAAGAUUAAUAGACUUGGAGAUGUUACUAAAAACACCUGUAAACACACACAUACACACACACCUACACGCCUCUCUCUCACAUUCACACUCAUGCAUUGACAAAGCCAGGCCACAACUGUCGGAACUCUGCUACAAGUAAUGUGUAACUUUAUGAAGGAAAAUUGUCUUUUGUACAGAGAGCGACGACUUAAUGAAAAAAAAAGAAAACAAAACUACUCUGCGGUCCGAAAAAAUACUUGUUGUUUGAGUAUGCUAAAAGGGAUACUUUAUUGCUUUUUUUGUGAAUUUGCAGUUGGGUAACAGUGGCCUUUCCUUCAUGGCUUAAGCAUUUGCGGACAAUGUAAUUACUAGACAGAGAAAAGUGCACUAGAAAUGGUCCCCCCCCCUUCCCCGAGUAAAGGUAAUCCUCUCAAAUUCUUGUGGUACAUUAACUACCAUAUUUAGUGUAAUUUUAAUAUUUGAGAGAUGUUGCUGUGAUGGAUGUAUGGCCAAUUCCUUGUUUUCCUUUCCAUCGAAUGUUGAAGAAAAAAAUCAAAAAGUAAUGGCUUUUUUUUUUUUUUUUUUUUUUUUCAAGGUACAGCUUGGUAUAGCUUUUGACAUUCAUUUAGAAGUUAAAAUGAUUUAAAAUGAUUACCUUGCUUUCCCGGGGUGAUUUAGACUAUUUGAUUGCAUUCCAAAAUAAAGGGAUCGAUUCCAUGAUUAGAAGGGAAAAAAUGGUAAUGACUUUACCAUGCAGUUCCCCAAAUAGCCCCCCCACCCCCUCAUGAAAAUAGCAUUAGAACCUCUUGAACCAUUUAAAUUGAAACCAAUACAUGACAAUUUGAUUUACUCCAGUGAAUUUCAGUUGUAGUCCAGUUAUUUACUGCUGUAGUGAAAUUGUUGGGUGUUUUUGUUUUUUCACUGUUAUCUUUUCCUGCUCAUUUUAUAAUUAUUUUUGAAACAAAGGCUGAAAUGUUGCUCAACCAGCAAGUUUUGUUUUGGUGAGUAAAGGGGUUACAGUGCUCCUUGGCUAAAUGAUGAGGCACUUAAAUUAGGUUGUUUUACUGAGAAUCCCUCAGAUUGUGAAAUUAGUCUGUACAUACAUUUGACUAAUUUAACAUCCAUUUUGGCACAGGGGAAACCCCUCCAGAAAGCACUGCUCUCCAAGCUUUGGUUGCAGCACCCUCUCCAAAUGUCCAUGUUUGUCCCAUGAAUGAGUUAUUUUAUUUAACUUUUAUUUUCCCCUCUUAUCCUGUCUUAAUAUAGUAUUUUGUUGUUCCUCAAAAGCCCACUCCUUCUGUGUUUCUUCAUUUAACAGGCCCUGAAUGAAUGAAUGCAUUGUUUCAGGAAUGCUGAGUAUCUUAGCUAUUACAAAACAUACAGACGUGUGUGUGUCUCUCUCUCUAUAUAUAUAUAUAUAUAUAUAUAUAUAUAUAUAUAUAUAUAUAAAAUGUGUAUGUGUUGACGUCAUGUAACGUCACCAUUGAAUAUGUAAUUAAGGCUUUGACUUAUGACAGUACAAACAAGCGUCCUGUUUUCCAAAGUAUCUUUGAUAUUUUGGGAAAUUUGCUUUCUUUCCCAAAGUUGGAUAAGAAGAUCAAUACCAGUGUGUUCAAUGUUAAGAUGGAGCUUGAAGCCACUUAGCUUAGCAUAGCAUAAAAACUGGAAAAGAGGGGGAAACGGCUAGCCUUGCUCCGUCUGUUUGUGACCAAAUUUGCCUACCAACUCCUCAAAAGUUCUCUAAAUAACAUAUAUGUCAUUUGUUCAUAUAACAUUUGUUUUGUUCAGAUUAAACAAACAAGAUAUAAAGUAUUAAUUAGUGAGCUUUAACUGUGCUGGUAGGUGAGUUUGGCAAUCUUUGGACAGAGUCAAGCUAGCUGUUUCUUCUUGUUUUUAGCCCAUUGAUAAGCUAAGCUAACCAGCUGCUGCAGCUUCAAAUGUAACAAAUAGAUUGUAGAGUGGUAUCAAUCUUAUCAUCUAACCCUCAGCUAAAAAGCAAAUAAGUGUAAUUCCCAAAAUGUCAAACUACUCCUUUAACAUAGUUUGGGAAACAGGGACUAGGCAGACUGUACGCUAGAGUCUAGCUGUGUUUGAACCCCAUUUUCCCACCUAAGACAAUUUUUAAAUUGAGCGUGUCUUACUCACAAAACCAUAGUUAACUCAAACUAGUCUAAACAACAACACUUAGAUUAGAGUAAACUCCCUCUCAGUUUGGGCGUCUGGCUGCAAUAACCAAAAUUAUCCCUAAGCAAGGCAUUGGCGUGUUUGAAAUGAGUGCUAAUUGUGAUUCACCUCAAUAUUUAACAGCAGAUUUGGUACAGCAUCCAUGUGCUGUUUGCUAACAGAUAUGCAUUUCUUCUCAACUCCUGUCACUCCUGGUUAAAAUACAAUAUGGUGGUCUCGACGCGACACACACAUUUAUAUUUUCCUAAUUCCACCCUGGGCCGACGCUCCCUUUACUUUCUAUGCAAACUUUCUAACGUGGGAAACACAGUGACCUCUCUGCAGACUGAGUCAGUGAUGGGACAGGACACUUUAACGCUAUGUAGAUAGGACGACCAACCCCUGGUACCAAACUCCAAACACCUGUAAAUACUUAACACUAUAUUUAAGUUCUAAUAAUAAUCCCAGCUUUUUUUGUCUUUGAAAUUUUAAAGAUAGAGCUGUAUUUAUCGUUGCUGUCAGCAUAUACUGUAGCUUCAAUUGACAGCAUUAUGUACAUAGGUCACCUUUUAGUAUUAUUUCACAUUGAAAAGUAGAGGGCGUUUGUGAUGGAAAUGACUAUUGAGCUUCUAAUAGAGUUUCUCUCUAGUUUUGUACGGUAGAAGGAAGGAUAGCGCUAACACGGUACAGUAGUGGCAGUCCACUUGUUUCAAAAGUUUGAUAUAUAAAUAUAUAUACAUACAUAUAAAGCUGCUAGAUACAAUCACUAAUUUUAUUGUUUUGACAGAGAAAAUCAGCUAUGAACGACUGUUAAACCCUAAUUUUCCAACAGCAUAUAACCACGACGGUGAGUUUUUAAAUGUUUGAUUGCUCUGUGUGAUAAAGAGGACACUUGUGCAUGUGUGUGGGUGUGCGAGUGUUACUAUAUACGUGCGUUCUUGUGCACCCACGAGUGUGUGUAAAGUAUGCGUGUUCGUUUCCAGCGUGCUGGUGGUGUGGGAGCGUGUGGGGUUGGUGUGUAACCAAAUGUUUGGUUGGUUGUCAUAUUCUCCCAUUGUAAUUGGAUUGCCCUGCAUUCAUUGCAAGCUGAACCAAGGUUUGAUGAACCUGAUUAAAACUUGCUGGCUGAGAAGCAAAAUGUAGGACGUGCAUUUAUACGAAGUGUAGAGAAUGCUGAAAUAACACUUCUCAUUCUGCAUUAACCAGCACAGUGCAACUUCCUGUCAUGUACUGUAUUAUAUAUGCAACAUGUGUCUGUCUGCUUUAAUAUAUAUAUAUUUUUUGACCUGCAUUAUAUAAGACUUCAGUUUUAACCACUUUGCUGCUAGUCUUUUAUCCUCUUUCAAUCUUGGAAAUUGUGCAUAUCUUUGGGAAUGCAUACAAGUGUACAUUCUUGACAUUGUGUAGAUUAAAAAAGAAAAAGCUAUAUAAACCUGUUUCUCUUCAGUGUAUUGUUUUUAAAAAGGAUUACUUUUCACAGCAGUUGAGUGGUUAUGUUUCAAUUCUCCAAUGCUUUGGUGCACUGAUGAUACUCUAUGUAAGCUUUUUUUUCAUCUUACAGCGCUUGAUGUAACAUUUAUGUGAUUAGUUAUAAAUAGUGGAAGACAUUUGUGUUUUGAAACUUGCAGUAUAAAUGGUACUACUCUUAACUAUUCUGUAAACACUGCCUGUUUUCUUUCCUUUUCUUUCUUUCACUCUCUCUCACUUUGUGCAUUUUUCUUUCCUGUGCAUCUUUAGUUUUUUCCUUUGAAUUUUCUUAGUGCCAUCGACUUUCACAUCCUGACAACCUCAAAAAAGUGCCUCACGUCCAUCCUAGUUUCCAUUUUAUAAUUUAACAUCUCUCGUUCUGGUUCUAUUGGUUUCUACACGUCUAGGUAUUUCUUAUCAUGGUUCGAGAAUACCAAGUAUAUGAUGUAAAAUUUGUAGUCCCAAUAACUCAUGUCAUAGUUGUAUUUUCUUUAUACAGAUGUAGCUCGUUACUUUUCAUAAAUAUAUAAUGUAAAUAUGCAUACAUAUGUUUGUAACUGUUUUUAUGUUACAUCAUACACUUGUAAUUUGACAUAUCAAAUAACAUUAUCAUAAUAAAAUGGUGAGUUUUAAUCUUU